UAGUUUUAGUGAUAGUGCUAGUGUAAAACAUAACAACCAAGUCUGAAAUUCUGCCAAAACUUGCAAUGCAACAUUUGACACAAUUGUACAAACUGAUACUAUUGCCAGCGAAAUCAUAAACGUCCAUAAAUUAUGAAACGUAUCCUUAAAAGAAAAGUCAAUUACUUUUUGCUGUGUCAAGAUCAUGAAAGUUACAAAUUUCAUUAUUUAUAUAUAAAUAUGUGUCAAAGUCAUUUUUUUAAUUUUACACGAAUUGAUUAUUUAAUGUUUUAAUUAAAAAUGCCCAAAAUUAACUCCAGUGAUGAACGUUCACAAAGCCGUAAAUUGAAAACUUCAAAACAAAUUCUAGCGGUGUCGAUUUUUCUAAUCCUAACGUUUAGUUUUUCCGUUCUCUUCGUGGAAUAUCGCACGCCAAAAACUGGGUUGUACAAUCACAUAAAUUCGUAUUGGAUGAAAAGAUCCGAUCAAAUCGAUUUGGCCGUUCUGUUAAAAUCGGAAAUAAAUCAUACCAAACAACGCGAUGUUAUAAGAAAAACUUGGGCCAAAAUAAAUGGAAAUUUAUCACUCAAAGUGAUGUAUUUUUUCGUGAUUGGUUAUAAAAACGUUUCGGAGUCGGAUUGGAACGAAUUACAAGAAGAAAACAAAAAAUUCAAAGAUGUUUUAACGUUUUUAUCGAACGAUGAUUUUUCAAGAAUUUUUUGGGAUUUUAUUUGGUAUUACGAUGUUGGUUUUGUAAAACACGGAUUUAAAUAUUUAUUGAAAUGCGAUGAUAGUUGUUAUGUUAGAUUAAAAGCAUUAACUAGAGUUUUAAAAGGAUUUGAAACGAAUUAUUUAGAAGGAAAUUUAGAUAAAAUUAACAAAAGUAAUUCAAUUUUUGAAUCGGUCGAAAUUAAUAAUGUUAAAAACGAUAAUUAUGGACAAUUAAAAAAAGAUUUAUAUUGGGGAUAUUUCAAUAAUUUUGAAAUGAUUUCUUACGCUUUUAAUGGGGGUUACGUUUUAUCUACACAAAUUGUUGGAUUUUUGGCAAAUAAUAAAAAUUAUUUGAGAUAUUACCACUCUGAAGAUGUAAGUGUUGGGGCUUGGUUAGCUUCAGUUAAUAACAUCGUAAGGAUACACGAUCGGCGUUUCGAUACAGAAUACGUAAGCAGAGGGUGCCAAAAUUAUUAUUUAAUUAGACACAAUGUUUCGCCGGAUGAAAUGAUGGAAAUGUAUAAAAAUUUGAAAGAAAAGCGACAACUUUGUACGAAAGAACAACGUAACGUUAAAGAAUAUCUUUAUGAUUGGUCUGUAGCACCGACUAAAUGCUGCAAUCGGGUUUUAUAAAAAAAUUGUUGUAUUUA